AUGACGCCGCUCGCACCCCCGAGGCCAGCAGCCUACCUCCUAGCCCUUCUCUCCGUCGUUGCCGCGGCCCUGUCGCUGGCCGCGCCGGGCAUGGCGGCGGGGAAGACCGGCCAGGUGACGGUGUUCUGGGGACGGAACAAGGCCGAGGGGUCCCUGCGCGAGGCCUGCGACUCCGGCAUGUACACCAUGCUUAUGAUCAAAGGCACACGAACUGGGGGGGUUAUCAUCAAGUACCACCUCGACCUCUCCGGCCACGACCUCUCAGCCGUCGGCGCCGACAUCAAGCACUGCCAGUUCAAGGGCGUCCCCGUCUCCCUCUCCAUCGGCGGCUACGGCACCGGCUACUCGCUCCCGUCCAACCGCUCCGCGCUCGACCUCUUCGACCACCUUUGGAACUCCUACUUCGGCGGGUCCAAACCGGGCGUCCCCCGCCCCUUCGGCGACGCGUGGCCCGACGGCGUCGACCUCUUCCUGGAGCACGGCACGCCGGCGGACCGCUACGACGUGCUGGCAAUCGAGCUGGCGAAGCACAACAUCCGCGGCGGCCCGGGGAAGCCGCUGCACCUAACGGCGACGGUCCGGUGCGGGUACCCGCCGGCGGCGCACGUGGGGCGGGCGCUGGCGACGGGGAUCUUCGAGCGCGUGCACGUGAGGAUCUACGAGGAGAGCGACAAGGCGUGCAACCAGUACGGGGCGUGGGAGGAGGCGUGGGACAGGUGGACGGCGGCGUACCCGGCGACCCGGUUCUUCAUCGGGCUCACCGCCGACGAGAAGUCCUACCAGUGGAUACACCCCAAGAACGUCUACUACGGCAUCACGCCUGUGGUGCAGAAGAAGGACAACUACGGCGGGGUCAUGCUCUGGGACCGAUACUUCGACAAGCAGAGCGACUACAGUAGCUACAUCAAGUACUACGCCUGA